AAUUAUCCUUUCUUGAGGGACAUAUUUGAAUUAUGUUAAAACAACGCGAAUAACUUAAAACGUCUAUGUCCAUAACCCUGCAAUGUGCUUCUACGAACGUUAGUAUUCUAACACAAUUAAACAUCCUUAACUCAUGCUUGGGAGCACCUUUUUCAAAUUAAUUAGGAAUUCCUUCAAGAAGAUCACGUUUCAGCUCCGGAUGCAUCAUGAGGUUCCGUUGUAAGGUUGCAGAUGUUGUUUGUCUGAACAACUUUACACUGGGCCACUUAAUCAGAAAUGUAUACGUGCGUGGGCUGCACUCAUUUUCCACUGAGAACAAAUUUGGCCUUUAAUAAGGGGUUGUGAAUACAAUAACCAAACUCACCAAGUCAUGUGCCCUGAGACUUACAGUUGACAACCUUUAUUUGAUUCUGACUGAUAAAGUGGCAAAUGGAGGAGUAAGCAUGUGGUGUGAGUUAAGUCAAGGUAACUUCUUUGAUGAAUAUCAGAUGGAAGGAGUGUCUGCAGAACAAAAUGAAAUAUAUCUAGAGUUGGUUCCUGAGAAUCUUUCUCGAGCAUUGAAAAUGGCACAGAAUGCCAAAACUGUUAAAAUCAAACUGACGAACAAGCAAUCACCGUGUCUUACAGUGGCGGUAGAAUUGAUUUCUUUAUCAGGCUCCAGCCGCAUUGUUACACAUGACCUUCCUGUGAAAAUUAUUCCCAGGAGACUGUGGAAUGACUAUAGAGAGCCCAGAGUACCCAACUUUGAUGUCAGCAUAUAUUUGCCAGCACUCAAGACUAUGAAGAAUGUUGUAGAGAGAAUGAAGAAUCUUAGUAAUUUUAUGGUAAUCGAAGCUAAUGGAAAUGGAGUUAUUAAUUUAAAGAUAGAAACAGAUUUGGUGUCUGUUUCAACUCAUUUCAAAGAUCUGGGGAACCCACCUUGGGCUUGUAAUGAAGCAACUCAAAAUAGCACCCAGGAAAAAUAUCCAGAUAAAAUGUCAGAAGCUAGAGUGGAUAUUCGUAAGCUGUUGCAAUUUCUUGCAGGGCAGCAGGUGAAUCCUACCAAAGCCAUCUGUAAUAUAAGCCAUGAGCGGAUGGUGCAUUUUCUUUUAAUGCACGAAGAAGUGUCCCUGCAAUAUUUUAUCCCUGCCCAUGCCUGAAGUUCAUUUAAACUGAACAAGACUGAAAAAACAAACAAAAAAAAAACCUGACCUGGAACUAAUUUAGGCUACACUUACCACCAAUAUGAAAAAAUAUGCAUUCACACAUAACCCUUUUUUCCCUAUAAAAAAGUAACAAUGUUUUUGUUUGAUUGUAUUCUGUAUAUGUUCUAAACACAUGCUUUUCACUUUUACACUUUUGCAUUCUCAAUAAGAACUUUUAGUGCAUUUUGAAGCAGUUUGUUAUAGGGAGAAAAAAUUAGAAGUGAUUUUUAGGCACCUUAGGAUUACGAUGUUAAUAUUCAGUUGUUUAUUCAUGUCAUAAAAAUAUUGUUGGCAUAAACCCACAUUACAAUCACAUAAAUAUCUCCAAGGUUCUGAUACAUGAUCUGCUUAAUGUAUAACAGCAUCUAUAGUAGGUGCACAGCAGGUUGGCAUUCAGCAUCUAACCUAAACAGUUUAAAAUCCAGACUUUUUUUUCAUGUGUUUUUAUUGUCGUGUCAGUGUUAGAUUAUGUCAAGUGUGCCUCUGUUAAUUAAACAUAUUGCAGUAUUCUGUUUAUGUUCACUCUUGCUAGUCUAAAUGUUGGGCAGGGGAAGUUAUAUCAAAGUGCAUACCACUGAUACAAAUGAUAUUCUUUUCUAGUAUAGAUACCUGCUGUUUCUUUGUUUCUGCAAUAAACAUCCAUGCCUGCAAGAUGUGAGCUUCUUUAAACAAUUGAAAGCCAUGAAGCUGUAGGGGACAUAAUUGAAAUGAAUGUACUGACAUAAGUGUCUUUAAAUCAAAUAAUAAAAACACAACACAUAAUUUGGAUGAA